AUGGCGGCUGUGGCCGCAGAUACUCGGCCUCUCCUGGUGGCAGGGCAUUAUUGGUUCUUUGGAGAGAGGGAGCCCCCAGACAGCUUAUUCGGAGUUGGGUCUCGGCUACUGUUCCUGAUCUCGGAGACAAGCGUGCUCAAUGCCGAUAUGAUGCAGUCGCAUCUUCAGGAGGACUUCGUCCAGAGUGCUUGUCGAGAGAGGGCGCUGAGGCUGGAAGAAGAGUUGCUGUAUUGGGAAUACGACACCGCUGACCAGUCUGAGGGUUUAGUCGACCUUGCCGAGAUGUACCGUGAUGCCGCCUUACUUCAUCUUCAUCGAGUAGUGCGUCGCAACUUUCCAGGCAGCACUGAGUUGCAGACCAAGGCCCCCUCGCUGGCUCAUGGUAUCAUUGAAAGACUACGCAAGAUUCCCCACAAGAGCCUUGUUGAGAGCUCGUUGCUCUUUCCCCUUUUCAUCUGCGGUGGAGAGAUCAGCCACCCGGACGACAUCGAGGCGAUAAGAACGAAGAUGAAGUCAAUCGUGGUAUCCCGGCAUCUUUACAACUACGACUGCGCGCUGAGAGUUCUCGAGGAGCUUUGGCAACUUCGAUUAUCAAAUAAGGAGGUCGAUUGGCGCGAUGUUUUGGAUAGGAGGCAGUGGAAGCUUUCCAUCGUUUGA